AUGCCGAAACCUCUGCCCAAUUUGCUUGGCCUAGUGUUGACUAAACGGGCUAACAGCCAAACAAAAUUUUACAUAGCCUACGGGCGGGCGUAUAGUUUAGUUCUUACUAACUUUUUCUACGUGGAAUGUGUUUACGCUAUUAAACAUUUCAAAGGUAAUCUGGUUAUCUUGGUUAUACAAGUUGUUGAAGUUGUUGGAAACCUAAUGAAAUCACGCGUGGUAUCAGCGGCAGAGAAAGAGAGAGCGACAGUGAGGGAGCGAGAGGACAACGGAGAGGACAACGACACACAAGACCUCUACUCGGACACAGAUACCAACCUCAUAAGAACUGCGCAAUUGGCCAAAUUCAGCCAACACAACAAAGCACCACAAACACCAACCGUGAACAAGCCGACCGAGCCAGCGCCAGGAACACAAACUACAGAGCGUACGGCCCAUCGAAAGACACAAAGGCCAAACCACAAGGUUGAGAUAAAGCGCGGAAGCACGCAACAAAAAUACUACCGCAUCAAAGAGAUAGAACCUCCGACUCACCCUCCUCUCCCUGCCGAUCAAAAACUACUCGCCGGCAAACGUCUCACGGAAAGGUACGAAAGACAUAGAGCAAGGAGCCCCCCCCGACUCAAAGUUACAGACUCGAACCUGAAUGCCGACGUUAGAACUCCGCCGCCGUGGAAGCCACAGAAAAAUCAAGGAAAAGCAACUAUGAACGACCCCCGAAUUCCAGAAACCACAUCUCCACCCCCACCUAACCUCACUGCUCACGGCCACCAUGGCCCGAGGAACUCAAUUCAGGGACACAACCACCCCACGUCCAACAACCACGCCACCAACCAGCCCACCCUAACCCCGACAACACCUCCCCUCUCCACGACGAUACACGCCAUCCCGCACACUUCUCCUCCCCACUCGCUCCCGCAACCCCCCCCAGGCCACCCGUCAAUUCCAAGCAAUACCGUAUUCCCGACUCUCCCCCCAACCACACCCACAACGCUCGCACCACCCUUGGAGGCCAACAAUCAUCAACACCAUACCCUCCCCAAACAUCCUAUCCGUCCAGUCCGACUAGCGGCCGCGAGUUCCCGAUCCUCCUGGUACUCUCUUCUGUCAUACAACCAAAUACCGAAGUGUGAUCCAGAGAUAACCAACCCCUCACCAAGCCAAAAAAUCAUAAGGCUUUGCCUGGAGAUUGGGGAACUGAAAAGGCGAUCGUACGAACACGAGGCCAAGAAGACACAAUAUGAGGACCGCCCGAUACAAAAAAAAAAGAUCCGAAUACACAACAACCGACCAUCUACCAUAAGCCAACGACCCACGCCCACAAAACGCCCGCCUCAGCCACCACACACUGCACCACCCCCGAAACAAUCGCGUCGCAAUCCAGUCUACCGCAGAAACGCGCCAAACCCCGCAACACACCUCCUGGGGCCAGCCCGCCACGCCUAA